AUGGCGCAACUACUAUCAAAUGAAGAUGAAGUUUUAGAAGCCUUCGAUCCAUCGAUCGCGGCUUCGCGACGAUUUAAACAUCCAAUAGCUGUCUUUUUCCAUAUGGCUUUUCGUUCAUUGGCAAUUGUUGCUUAUUUCGUUUGUUCAUGGGCGAAAGCAAGUUUUGUUACAUCGUUUGUGAUUAUCAUCAUUUUACUUUCAAUGGACUUUUGGACAGUGAAAAAUAUAACCGGUCGUUUACUAGCUGGUCUUCGUUACUGGAAUUAUGUAGACGAUGCGGGAAAUAAUCAUUGGAUUUUCGAAUCGAAAAAAGGAAAUGACAAAAAUACUGUUUCACAGAUUGAAUCGAAUAUCUUUUGGCUUUCAUUAAUAUUUACAAUACUUCUCUGGGUGAUUCUGACUAUUACAACUCUAUUUUCUCCAUCAUAUAUUAUUAUUACAGGUGUUGCACUAGCAUUGAAUAUUACAAAUUUAUACGGUUUUGUUCGCUGCAAAUUUGGUUCAAAUGAAAAAAUCUCUGAUGAAAUGAAGAAAAGCGUCUUUAAGUCAUUCUUAUCACGUGUAACGACUGGUGGUGGUCUUUUUCCGACUUCCUCUACUACCCCAACUGCCGAUGCUCAACCGUCUACAACUGGUCGAACAAUGUUCGGUCCAAAUCUAACAGAGUAUAAACUCCGAUCGAUCGUAAAUUUAACAGUGCAUUUGGACAGGAGUAGCUAUUUAUGUAUUUUUGAACGUUGUGAUGGUCAUGGUUAUUUAGCUGAUCCACCAGCUAGAAGUUCAGCCUGGCUGUUCGACAGUGAUUUUGCAUCUUGUUGCUCGUAUUAUGAUCAUGCCCAAAUGUUUUGCGGUGGAGUUUAUAAUCAAUGGAUGCGACAAAACGGAAAAUGUUCGAUAUGUGGUGAAGCUUAUGAUACUAAGACAACGUUAUUUGGUAAAGGUGGUGCGAUGUAUCUGGGAAAAAUUGUUCGUCAAUACGUGAAGGACUCAUUUAUUCCCGUUACUGUUGUUCUAACUGCAAAUCAUCGCGGUACAUUUGAGUUUCGUGUUUGCAAUAUUGAUGAUAAUGAUGGCAAAGAUGCCACACAAAGUUGUCUGGAUCUAACUCCAUUAUCCGUUGUCAAUGGUUCAACGAAAUACUAUGUGGAGUCAACAACUACGACAAUACAUUUAAAUCUUUCGUUACCUGCGAAUCUAACAUGCAAACAUUGUGUCUUCCAAUGGAAAUAUAUCACUGGGAAUAGUUGGGGAAAAUCACAAGGGAAAGCUUGUGUUGGGUGUGGGGAUAAGAAUGAAGAGUUUUAUGGUUGUUCAGAUAUUGCCAUUGUGGAAGAACCGACUAUCAAUGUUACAAAAGCUAUAAGUGGUCCUCGAAAAUGUUACACAGCUGUAGCGUUCAGUCGAUCGUUCGACUUGACUGGUCUUAUGAGUCAAUAUUGUCAACGAAUUUGUUCAACUGAUUGUUCGUUAGAAAAAGAAAAGAACAGUACCAAUCUUUACAAAGCUUGUGUACGAUCUUGCAAUGUGCUCUGCGUUUGUGAAUAG